GAAUACCGUCAAAGGUUGAAUUUUCAUUGAAAAAGCGAAUGGCUAUGGCUUCUCCCUUCACCAAUUCAGUAGGCGUAGCAGGAGCCAGUGAUGAAGUGUACGUGGCGGCAGUGCCAUUACGAGCCUCAAAGGGACCUGCCCAGUUGCUCAUGUCUGCAGCUCAUACUCUCAGUUUAUGGGAUUUGCAGCACUUCAUGGUCAUCAUCAAACCCUCUUCACCUCCUCCUCCCCAGGUGUUUGUUUUUGAUUUUCAACCAAAAGAUCCUGAAAAUAUAUAUACAGCACUUGAAGUUCUAUCCGGUAGAGCAGUACCUGGAACUAUUCUUGUAAGAAAGUUGACAAAACUGCCAAAAAACAAAUGUUGGCUUGUUGGAUCUUCCAAAUCAGAUGCUAUUGAUGUAGCCAUUAAUUUCAACAAAAGCUGGGAAACUGAUUUGAGAGUUGGUUAUCAUGACUGUCGAGAUUAUACUGAUGGUACUAGUCAUUCAUUAAGUUUUCUCUUUAGCAUACAGGUACACACCCUCAUCUUCCAUUCAUUAAAUUAAACUAACUUAUUCAUUUGUUUGUAACUUGGAAGGAUUGGUUGAGCAUCUCACUGGUAAAAAACAUGUGCUAAAAUACCUGAGAAGUGGUGGGCAGAUUUGAACCAUAUUCAAUUGGCUGCUUGAUCAUUAGCAAUGCUUCUCUUCUUUCUAUUACCAGUUAUACAUGAGUAAAAUUUCUGCUGUCAAAAUAUGUUAUGUAUCACCAUGAUUUUGUAUAAGGAGUCCUACCUUACAUGUUCAAGCUACCCUGGCUCGCUAAUUUUCAACAAAUUCUUAUUCUUUUUUAGCAGCUCCUUUGUAUUCUUAAUUAUUAUAUGGUAAGAGGAUAAAUCAUUUAUGCA